GAAGUAGAUCUAUACCAAAACGAAGCAGCCUGUCAGAGUCCUUUGGAUUAUCAAUACCAUCAAGAGAUCUUGAAGCUGGAGAAUUCAGGUGGCAAGAAGAACCGUCGAAUCUUUACCUACACUGACUCUGAUAGAUACACCAAUUUGGAGGAGCACUGUCAGAAAAUGACCACCUCAGCCAGCGAGGUGCCAUCAUUCUUGGUUGAGCGAAUGGCAAAUGUCAGGCGGCGACGGCAGGACAGGCGAGGGACGGAGGGCGGCAUCCUCAAAUCGCGCAUUGUCACCUGGGAACCCUCAGAAGAAUUCAUCAGGAACAACCAUGUCAUUAACACCCCUCUUCAGACAAUGUACAUCAUGGCAGAUCUGGGGCCCUAUGGAAAGCUUGGCUAUAAGAAGUACGAGUAUGUCCUCUGUACUCUGAAGGUGGACAGCAAUGGUGUGAUCACAGUGAAACCUGACUUCACUGGCCUCAAAGGGCCCUACCGAAUCGAGACAGAGGGGGAGAAGCAGGAGCUGUGGAAGUAUACGAUCGACAACGUGUCUUCCCUCGCACAGCCGGAGGAGGAGGAGCGGGAGCAGCGUGUGUUCAAGGAUCUUUAUGGCCGGCACAAGGAGUAUCUCAGCAGCCUCGUGGGCACUGACUUUGAGACGACCGUCCCAGGUGCCCUCCGGCUCUUUGUAAAUGGAGAGGUAGUUUCAGCCCAAGGCUAUGAGUAUGACAAUCUCUACGUCCACUUCUUUGUGGAAUUGCCAACCACUAACUGGUCAAGCCCAGCAUUCCAGCAGCUCUCAGGAAUAACACAGACCUGUGCCACCAAGUCCCUGGGAAUGGACAAGGUGGCCUACUUCUCCUACCCAUUCACAUUCGAAGCCUUCUUCCUCCACGAGGAUGAAUCUGCUGAUGCUCUCCCAGAGUGGCCUGUGCUCUACUGUGAGGUCCUCUCGCUGGACUUCUGGCAGAGGUAUCGUGUGGAAGGCUAUGGGUCUGUGGUGCUGCCUGCCACCCCAGGCUUGCACACCCUGACUGUCUCCACGUGGAGACCCAUGGAGCUUGGUACGGUGGCUGAGCUGAGGAGGUUUUUCAUUGGUGGUUCUCUGGAACUGGAGGACCUCUCCUAUGUGCGGAUACCAGGAACCUUCAAGGGGGAGCGUCUGAGCCGCUUUGGACUCCGCACAGAGACCACAGGCAGUGUCACCUUCCGCUUGCACUGUCUGCAGCAAUCCAGAGCCUUCAUGGAAUCAAGCUCCCUCCGGAAAAAGAUGCGGAGUGUGUUGGACCGUCUGGAAGGAUUCAGCCAGCAGAGUUCCAUUCACAAUGUGCUGGAGGCCUUCCGUCGAGCUCGGCGCCGCAUGCAAGAGGCCCGAGAAAGCCUCCCCCAGGACCUAGUGAGCCCCUCGGGAACCUUGGUCUCCUAGCUCACUGCAGCCCUGGCCACGGUGCAAGAGGUCAAGACAAGGGGUGUCUGAGGCCAUUGCUCUCCUGCCUUUUUGUCUGUUACUAGACACCACAUUGGCCUGCUGAGAACCAGAAGAGUUGAGAAAAUCCCUGGGCCGGUCCCUCUGUUUACCCUUCAGCAGGGUCUUCUCCCUGCACAUGGAAAUAAAGCCAGAGACCUGGUGGUCCUGUAUGGGCCCCUCUUCAUAUUUCAGCUACUGUAAAUAGGCAUCACAACAAGGCAGGCUUUUUGGUCUGAAACUAGUUUGGGGUGACCCCAUAAUUAGCCUGUCCUUGACACAGCCUCUUUUCUGGCUUGUCUCACAGUCUCAGUAGCAGAGGGCUGCAGAGAUCUCCUUUUCCACAGCCUUUAACAAUGGAAUCUCCUUCUUCCAAGAAAGGAGAAGGAAGGUGAGAGAGAUCUUAAAUCCCUGGCCCAUAAGUCUCAGCCUUCUCUUUCCAGGGCAGCCGUGUUCUACUACUUGGGGCUUGCUGAGUUUGAGAUAUGACUUAUUUCUGGAAGAAAUGAAGGGGGAAGGCAGGGCCCUUUAUGCUAGUUGGGUGGUGUCUUUUAUUGUGUUUUUU